AUGUAUAUUGGAGUGUUAACUAUUGCAGUGUUGUGUUUCCCUGGCUUUGUGAUUUGUGCUCUCUCUCAUGAUGUGGAAUUCAUACCAGAAGAAUUGAAGACUCCUGGUGCUGACAAACUUGGUCGUAGUUUGUCUUUAGGUAUUGCAAGAAAUGAACGUCAUCGAAGAGAUCAAGAAGAAAAAACUGUUCAGAAGGAAAUUGAUAUAGACCAAACUGCAUCUGGUUCAGAACUUGUGAGUCCAGGUUUUGACAUUGGGUAUGGUGAAUUAGGGCAGUAUGUACAUGGUGGUCAGCAGGCUGGUGGGCGUUUUAUUCAGCGUCAAGAUGCUGGAAAUUCUCAUGGAGAAGUGGGUUUCUAUGGAAAUGCAGGUAGAAAAGGAUCAGCGGGCCAUCUUUCAGAUGAUGCAUAUAUUGCUAAUCAUGCAGCAGCACAUGGUGAUCAUUCUGAUUCUGGUUUCUAUGGUAAUAUUGGAGGGGCUCAGCGAGGAUACAAUGUUGCAAAUGCACAGUAUGGAUCACAGGCUUUAAAUAGAAAAGGGUUAGCUGCAUCUAGUCUAGGAUCAAAGGGUGGUUACCGCAAAGGGCAUCAUUCAUCUGGUUUUCACAAUUCUUAUCAUAAGGAUGAAUCUGGAAAUAAUACAAGUUACUAUGAUGAGGCAGUUGAUGAUGGUGGGCAUUUUUUCUUUGAUGCUCGUGAUGGAGCAUUCAAGGAUCAAGCAGGCAAUGCAUUUAAAGGUGCAUUCCAAGAUGGUGCUUUCCUAAAUGCAGCAAAAGGCAAUGAGGGACAGUAUGGAGCUGCUCAGGGGUAUAAUGAUGUUAGAGGGCAAAAGGGUAAUUAUGGUAGAGGUGAAUUUUUUAAUGAUGCUCAAGGGUACGGACAACAAAAAGGCAAUGAAAGAUACAAUCAAGUUGCACAUUUAGGUCAAUCUGAAGGAGGUGGUGCAGUGUAUGGAAAUGCAGGUGCUGGUGAAACAUAUGGUCAUGUAGUAAAUAAACCGUAUGGUAAUCUUGCAUACAAUCUUCCAAAACAGGUACCUGUAGUGUAUGAACAAAUCACAGAUCCAGUUGUGCAGAAUUAUCCUGUCCAAGGUAAAGAUUACUAUCAUUACCCUACUUAUGAUUAUUAUCCAGUAGGAAGCUAUGGACCUUCAAGUUCUGAUCAUUAUGAAAAAGCUCUUUUCACUGGUGUUAAGGAGCCUUUGCACUAUGAGGGAGUCAAAGGUCAAGGAUAUGCUACUUAUGUGAACCCUUUACCAUAUGUUUCACAUUCAUCAGAUGUAUCGGAUAAGUAUUAUGGAACAUAUAGAGGAGUAACUUAUUGA